UGUCCAGGGAUGGUUAAUAGGUUAAAGGGAUGGUCUCGGUUUGUUAUUUAUUUUUUUUAUCCAGGGAGAGUUUUGCGCUGGUUAAAGGGGCGGUUCUUUAUCUCCCGGAAGGCGAAGAGGCACAGGAAGUAGACAAUGAGGAAGCCCCGCCCCCUACGCUGCCCCGCCCCCAAACGAAAAGCUCCAGAGCUCAACACUGCCACCUGCAGCACAUGGUCGCGCUACUGCGGCCUGAAGACAGACUCAAACUGGCUGUGCGUCUGGAGUCCCUGAGAGAGAAUCACACUCGUUAUCUCUUAAUUGUAUCGAGAGCUUCAAACGAAGAGGAAAAUAUUCUACUAGGAGUUGACUUUUCAGAAGGUGAAAGUGUGUCCUGUACAAUCGGACUGGUGCUCCCAGUUUGGAGCGACACACAGGUCUAUCUUGAUGGGGAUGGGGGUUUCAGUGUCAGUUCUGCAGGACAGACGCACAUCUUCAAACCCAGCUCAGUGCAGACCAUGUGGUCUCUUCUCCAGUCUCUGCAUCACUGCUGUCAGGUGGCCCGUGUUGGUUCUGUUCUCGACUGGUCCUGGUUCUAUCGGAGUCAGCUGUGUUCGGAUCAGAGCUGCCUGAACGAGUGGAAUGUCAUGUCGGACCUGGAGUCAAUGAGACCCGAUACAGCCCGGCUGCAGGGGAGCAGUCGUUCUGAGAGGGAGGAGGCUGAGCGUUUGAUCAAAACGAAGCUGAAGGAAAUCAUGUGGAGCCAAGACUUGGAGAACGUGACCUCAAAACAGAUUCGUUCAGAGUUGGAAGCACAGACAGGAUACAACACGACAGAGUUUAAAGAAUUCAUUGAUAAACAGACGAUGGUGAUUUUGGCUCAAAUGGACAAACCUUCCAAAAUAUUUGACUACCUCUACUUGGGCUCGGAAUGGAACGCAGCGAACUUUGAAGAACUGCAGAGAAACGGCGUUGGCUUCAUUCUGAACGUGACGCGUGAGAUUGAUAAUUUCUUCCCGGAGUCCAUGCAGUAUUUCAACAUCCGCGUUUACGACGAGGAGGCAACAGAGCUGCUGCCUUACUGGAACAAAACCUACCAGUUCAUCAGCAGAGCCAGACAGUCUGGUAGUUGUGUUCUGGUUCAUUGUAAGAUGGGGGUGAGUCGCUCUGCCUCCACGGUGGUUGCCUUUGCUAUGAAGGAGUGUGGCUGGAGUCUGGAUGAGGCUCUGAGGUACGUGAAGGAGAGGAGGGGCAUCGCGAACCCCAACCCCAGCUUCAUGAGGCAGCUGAGUAUCUACGAGGGCAUCCUGGACGCCAGUAAGCAGCGACACAACGCUCUGUGGAGGAGGAAGUCCAGGGAGUUUCGGGGGCUGCCCUCGCAGGGGGACAGCGAGGAGAGCGAGGAGGAGGAGGAGGAGGAGGAGGAGGAGGAGGAAGGGCAGGGAGGGGCGCACGCAGCACCACCCCAAAUCUGUGUGCAGGGGUCCGAGCUGGAGGGCAGGGCGGGGAACCAGGGUCCUGCUGGUUCUGUGUCGCACCCUCCCGGUGCUCCCAGCGCUCCCAGCUCCCAGGAGUCUGGUCUAACUGGUCUGCAGGUCCCAGCAGGCAGAGCCAGAGAGACCAAGAGAAUGAACCUGUCAGCCCUGAUGAGAUCAAUCAGCGAGAUGGAGGGAGAGGAGGAGAGAGGGAAUGAGGGAGAGGAGGAGAGAGGGAACGAGGGAGAGGAGGAGAGAGGGAGCGAGCGAGAGGAGGAGAGAGAUGAGAAGUUACUCAUGGCUCCAGAAGCCAUGAAAACGAACUGUGGGAACCAGAGCGUCCGGCCGGCCAAUCGGAGGCAGGGGCAGAGGUCACCAGGGGUGAAGAGGCGGGGUUUGUGCAGCAGCGAGGGCAGGGAGAAGAAGAAGGGGCUGAUUCAACAGAGACACAUCGAUCACUCCCCCGACAUGAACCCCCGGGGGGGCAGUCCCAGGCAGAGCCCCACCCCAUCUCGUAAACACUUCACCCCGAGCCCCAAAAGCAGCCGUCGACAGCAGCCGGGGGGGGCCCCGGAGCAGCGCUGCAGGCCUGGGGGGCCGGGGGGGCCCGGGAGGGGCAGGACCCAGCAGAAGAAGAAGAGCAAAGCCAGCGGCCGGGCAGGGGGGGGCAGCGCUGAGGCAAGAAUGAGCCGCAAGCUCUCCUUCCAGCCAGAGUCUGGGAGGGUGAAGAAACAGGCUGGGGUGAUAGAGACGCUGGGGGGAGGAGGAGGAGGAGAGGGGGGAGAGGGGGGAGAGGGGGGAGGAGAGGGGGGGGCCAUGAUCGCCAGGAUGAGGCGUCUGCAGUCUGUCCACCAGCUGAAACAGGCUGGGCUGGUGUCGAAGGUGAGGCUACAGAUAGGGGGAGGAGGAGGAGAGAGGAAGGGGGAGAGAGGGGGAGGAGAGAGGGGGCUGGAUAUUGAAAGGGAUGAGGGAGGGGAGAGAGGAGAGAGGGUGCUGGAUAUUGAAGGGGAUGAGGGAGUGAAGGGAGGAGAGAGGGGGCUGGAUAUUGAAGGGGAUGAGGGAGAGAGGGUGCUGGAUAUUGAAGGGGAUGAGGGAGAGAGGGGAGGAGAGAGGGGGCUGGAUAUCGAAGGGGAUGAGGGAGAGAGGGGAGGAGAGAGGGGGCUGGAUAUUGAAGGGGAUGAGGGAGAGAGGGGGCUGGAUAUUGAAGGGGAUGAGGGAGAGAGGGGGCUGGAUAUUGAAGGGGAUGAGGGAGAGAGGGGGCUGGAUAUUGAAGGGGAUGAGGGAGAGAGGGGAGGAGAGAGGGGGCUGGAUAUUGAAGGGGAUGAGGGAGAGAGGGGGCUGGAUAUUGAAGGGGAUGAGGGAGAGAAGGGAGGAGAGAGGGGGCUGGAUAUUGAAGGGGAUGAGGGAGUGAAGGGAGGAGAGAGGGGGCUGGAUAUUGAAGGGGAUGAGGGAGUGAAGGGAGGAGAGAGGGGGCUGGAUAUUGAAGGGGAUGAGGGAGAGAGGGGGCUGGAUAUUCAAGGGGAUGAGGGAGAGAAGUGA